AACGUUUCAGGGCGAGGAAAUCGUGGAGGACCGCAGUGAACGUGGUUUUGCUGCAGAUCCAGGGAGAGGAGCCUGUUUGCAUUCCACUGCAGGUGCAAGACAAUGGAGGUGAAUAUUGAACAACAGGACGAAGACAUCACAUUCAGCAAUACUGACACGAAUGGUAAACGGCCAGCUGAGGACAUGGACGAGGAACAGGCAUUCAAACGUUCUCGCAACACAGACGAGAUGGUGGAGCUCCGUGUGCUGCUUCAGAGCAAAAAUGCUGGCGCAGUCAUUGGAAAGGGUGGCAAGAACAUAAAAGCCCUACGUACAGAUUACAAUGCCAGUGUAUCAGUCCCAGACAGCAGUGGCCCAGAGCGGAUCCUGAGUGUGAAUGCCAGCAUUGACACUAUUGGAGAGAUUCUGCUGAAAAUCAUACCUACUCUAGAGGAGUACCAGCAUUACAGUGGGAUUGACUUUGACUGUGAGCUUCGCCUACUGAUCCAUCAGAGCUUAGCAGGGGGCAUCAUUGGGGUGAAAGGUGCCAAGAUAAAGGAGCUGAGAGAGAACACCCAGACCACCAUCAAGUUGUUUCAGGAGUGCUGUCCGCACUCCACUGACAGAGUUGUCUUGGUUGGAGGAAAGCCAGAACGUGUCAUUGAAUGUAUAAAAGUUAUCCUGGAGCUGGUGUCAGAGGCACCAAUCAAAGGUCGUGCCCAGCCUUAUGACCCUAAUUUCUAUGAUGAAACAUACGACUAUGGUGGUUUCACCAUGUUGUUCGAGGAAAGAGGCAGACGACCCAUCGGCGGCUUCCCCAUUCGUGUGCGUGGGGGCUUUGAACGUAUGCCACCUGUUCGAGGCAACAGACCCAUGCCUCCCUCCAGAAGGGACUAUGACGACAUGAGCCCCCGCCGGGGUCCUCCGCCACCACUGAGCAGAGGUGGACGAGGGGGCAGCCGAGCUCGUAACCUGCCUCUUCCGCUACCACCACCACCAAGAGGAGGAGGAGACAGAUUCUCACAUGGCAGCUAUCAUGGCAGCAUGGACGACAGACCAAGUGACAGAAGAGGCCGAGGAGGAGACCGCUAUGACAGCAUGAGUGGAGGUGGAUAUGACAACAAUUCUUCCUGGGAUCACUUUCAGUCCGGUGGCAGAGGCUCAUACAGUGAUAUCGGAGGCCCGAUCAUCACAACGCAAGUCACCAUCCCAAAAGAUCUGGCUGGCUCCAUCAUCGGUAAGGGUGGCCAAAGGAUCAAGCAAAUCCGCCAUGAGUCUGGGGCAUCCAUCAAGAUUGAUGAACCACUAGAGGGCUCUGAGGACCGCAUCAUUACCAUCACAGGAACACAGGACCAGAUCCAGAAUGCCCAGUACCUGCUGCAGAACAGGCAUGUGCUCCUGUGAUUCUCCUAAAAAAAACUCUGAAUCAUCACACUGGAGCGCGUGAAGCAGUACUCUGGUCGAUUCUUCUAGGAAGAAGGAAGGAAAGAAGAGUGAAGCCAUGCUGCCAUACUGUUUGCUCCUUCUAUUCAGAGCCUACAUUCCUCUGCUUUGGGUAGAUGUGCCCGGUCCCCUCAAUAUCACACGUUACAUCUUUCUAUACAUCGCAAGUUUUAGUUGGAGUUUUGAAAAAUCUUAAGCUGUCAAACAGCAAACAAGAAGUCGGUAACAUGUUUUUUUUGUGCUGGUGUAAUUAUUUCUGAGGAGAUUCUUGUGACGUCAUUGGCGUAAACUCAUCUGUGUGAUAACUUUUGGUGUUGUGAGCCGCCCCCCCUGGUCCUUAUCUCCCCAGUUUCAGUACAGCAUGCAGAAUGUAAUCUUUUUGUAACAGAUUUUAUGUGAUUUUUAGGUUGCCCCCUCCCCCCAAAUGUUUAAGCACACUCUCAGAAAUGAAGAUGCAUGGUCUCAGAAUGGUUAAAGAACCAUUAAAAUAAACUUUAAUUUUUACGCAACAUCCAACAUCCUUUUCCACUGUAAAAUAAAGUGCUUUUUUGUAAGAAGGUGCUUUGAAGAAAUGGAUAGACACUUUGGGAAGUACACUUAUUUGCUUUCUGGUAGUGAGUUAGGUGGGAUGAUAAACUACCACCAGCAGCCUAUUCGCUUAGCACAAAGACUGGAAACAGGAGUAAAUAACUAAGCUGACCAAUCCAAAGUUGACCGACCAGCAGCUUUAAAGCCGGUAGAGCAAGGUAGAGCUAUUUUGUUAGUUAAAUAAGCACAAAAAUCAAAGUGUACAAAUGUAAGUUUGUGAUUAAGGUUAUGUGGCGGACUAUGUUUGUUUUUUUGUUUUUCUGGAACUGUUGCUAGGCAACCAGCCAAGACUCCAGGAAGUUUCUGCAUAGAGCCAAGGAAUAGUCAGACACAUAACUUGUAAAAAGGUGAAUUGAUGUUUUUAAUCUUCAUUUUGUAAUAACGAGUUCAUAAUGUAUUAAUUAGUGAGCUUUACAGGUGCCUGUUCAACAAACCCAGGCUGGCAGUUUCCUGUUUCCAGUCUCUCUGCUAAGCUAACCAGCUGUUACCUUUAAGCUUUAGCCUCAUUUAGCCUACAAAACAUUUAAUUCUAAUUCUAAGGAAUAUGCGUGUUUCCCCAAAUGUCUAACUUUAGCUUUAAGUUUUGACAAAUGUGCCAGUGUGAUAGAGAAAAGAGGAAACGUUCAGAUUUUUUUUGUUAUUCUUUUGAAUGACAAGGAUCUGUAAAAAAUGUGUGUGUAUAUAUAUAUUUACAUAGAAAAGUAAUUUCAUGAGUGGUAAACUUAGUUUGGCCCGGACUACUUUCUACUUUCUUGGAAGGAGACUGGGGCCACAAGACAGGUUUGGAAUUUAUUUUUUUCUCUUCUCUCUUGAUUUUUUUUUUUUUUUCUGCCACUCACCGAGAUGGACAUGCUGUAAUGCAACCUUAAUAUCUCAUCUGUUAAAUCCAUUUAUUCUUGCAAAUGUGUUUUUAAUUUUGACAGUGUUUAAUCAUUUUUAAAGUUUUUUGAAAGGGAUUUCUUAAGGUGCAGUUUAUUGAUGAGAGGGGAGCAUACAGCUUUGUGAGUCCAUGAGUGGUGUUUUCUGUCCAGUCAUAUCUGUAUCUCUUGUGUCUGAUAUCUGUAGUAACUGCAGGUGUUCAGUAAGUAAACUCUGUGUCACCGUUA